CCUUGGCAGCUUCCGUAGUUCUCCGACAUAUUGGAGAGCAAAUUCUGGAACGCAGGAAGAGCAUAGGAUUAAAAUUUAUUUAUCGUAAGAAAAAUCGCCAGAAAAUAUUGAAUAUCACAGAAACGAUGGAGACCACAACAAGCCCCGCGAAGGACAAUUACAGGAUGAACCGGUACAAGAACAAAGCACUGAACCUUGACGAGAUGCGUCGGCGGCGGGAGGAGGAAGGAAUCCAGCUCAGGAAGCAGAAGCGGGAGCAGCAGCUCUUCAAGAGGAGGAAUGUGGAGAUACUGAAUGAGGAGGACGGCAUGCUGGAGAGCCCCCUCAUGGAUCACUUCAUCAGUUCCACGACCACAGGGGAGGGGCUCAUCACCAGAGACAUGGUAGAAAUGCUUUUUUCAGAAGACCCUGAGCUCCAGCUGGCCACAACACAGAAGUUCAGGAAGCUCCUCUCCAAAGAGCCUAACCCACCCAUCGACGAGGUCAUCAACACACAGGGGGUUGUGGAGAGGUUUGUGGAGUUCCUGAAGAAGAGCACCAACUGCACAUUACAGUUCGAGGCCGCCUGGGCGUUGACUAACAUCGCGUCGGGGACGUCCCAGCAGACGAAAAUCGUGAUUGAGGCAGGAGCCGUGCCUAUUUUCAUUGAGCUACUGAACUCAGAUUUCGAAGACGUGCAGGAACAGGCUGUGUGGGCACUAGGGAACAUCGCGGGGGACAGCGCCGUGUGCAGGGACUACGUGCUGAACUGCAACAUCCUCCCUCCGCUGCUGACGUUGCUGACUAAGUCCACCAGGCUGACGAUGACCCGGAACGCUGUGUGGGCGCUGUCCAACCUGUGCAGGGGAAAGAGCCCUCCGCCGGACUUCGAGAAGGUUUCCCCCUGCUUGCCGGUCCUGUCUCGUCUCCUCUUCAGCAGCGAUCCGGACCUGCUGGCGGACGCCUGCUGGGCCUUAUCCUACCUCUCGGAUGGGCCCAAUGAGAAAAUCCAGGCAGUCAUCGACUCGGGGGUCUGCCGGAGACUGGUGGAGCUGUUGAUGUGAGUGGCUUCUCCUGCCCUCAGGGCCGUGGGCAACAUCGUCACAGGAGAUGACAUCCAGACACAGGUGGUGCUGAACUGCUCCGCCCUGCCCUGUCUGCUGCACCUCCUGAGCAGCGCCAAGGAGUCCAUCCGCAAGGAGGCCUGCUGGACCAUCUCCAACAUCACAGCGGGAAACCGGGCCCAGAUUCAGACCGUUAUAGAUGCCAAUAUCUUCCCGGUGCUGAUCGACAUCCUGCAGAAGGCAGAGUUCCGCACAAGGAAGGAGGCAGCAUGGGCAAUCACCAAUGCUACGUCGGGUGGCACACCAGAGCAGAUCCGGUACUUAGUAAACCUGGGCUGUAUCAAACCGCUGUGUGACCUCCUGACCGUCAUGGAUUCCAAGAUCGUGCAGGUAGCCCUGAACGGACUGGAGAACAUCCUGCGGCUGGGAGAGCAGGAGGCCAAGCAGAGCGGCAGCGGGAUAAACCCGUACUGCAGCCUAAUUGAGGAGGCUUACGGCCUGGAUAAGAUCGAGUUUCUGCAGAGCCACGAGAACCAGGAGAUCUACCAGAAGGCCUUCGACCUGAUCGAGCACUACUUCGGCGUGGAGGAGGAGGACCCCGGCCUGGCCCCACAGGUGGAUGAGAACCAGCAGCAGUACCUCUUCCCGCAGCAGGAAGCCCCCAUGAAGGGCUUUCAGCUCUAACCUCCCCGACCAGCUUCUCUUCCACACGAAAGUCCAUGCGGGCCAAGGCCUGGGGCACCAGCGCUUACCAGCCAGAAAGACUCACACAGCCACUGUGGCUCCAGCGACAAUGUAAGCUACCCAGAACAAGAACUGCAAGAACAGCAACAAGCCUGAAGAAUCCGCUGUCCACCCAUGAGCGUAAGGAGGCCUAGGUACUUUUGACAUCUUUUGGUGGCUUGUUCCCACUUCCUCAUUUUUAUUUGAAGACCAAUGGGGUAAAGAAAGGUGGAUCAAAUGUGCAGAUUCUAAACAAGAAAGCAUCGAAUGCACUCCUAUUCACUAAAGUGCCAAUCUGACCAAUGAAGACUGAAGGGUGAUUUCUAUCAUCUGUCUGACACCUUGGGUUUAAUUUUUUUUUCUUUUUAACUUGAAUGUGCACAGUUUAUGUGCAUUUGCUGCUUGACUUCCUUACCUGAAAGUUUACCUAAAAUUACCUGCUACAGUCUUGUUUUUAAGAGAGGUAACGUUCUUUACUGUUUGUGCACUAAAUUCUUUUAUUGGGUCAGAAUAGAGGAAUUAUUUAAUCAUUUAAGGUGAAUAUUACUCUUUGUUUUCUAAUUUAUUGUAUGGAGCUAGAUUUCAGAGCUUGCCAGACAGCAGCCGGUGUAAUUAAUGCAUUUACCCUCCCGUUCCUUUAUAAAUGUGUAAGACUCAGGAUGCAAAUAUGCAACAAGGUGUAAGAAUGGAAAGAGUUGCUCGUUUAGACCUGGUGAAAUUCAACCUCACACUUGCACGGUGGGAGUGAGCUGGUGGUAUUUUCAAGUUGUGUAUUUGUAUAACCUGGUCACUUCAAACUGUUGUGUUGAUGGAUGUCAUCUGCCAAACUUGCAUGCAAGAGCAAAAUGGUAGGUUCUUAUUGGAUUUUUGCAUGCAGGAGGGAAAAAAAUUCUGGGUUUACAAGCGAGAAACAAGGAGCUGUCAAAAAGUUUUUAGGCUGUUGUCAACCAAGAAUGAUCAUUUCAUGCUUUAAGUGACAACAAAGCAACUCCUGUUAGUUGAUUCAGCCUCUAUUGUCUUUCCUUCAGUAAUUCUCUUUCAUGUUAAAGCUAGCAUAUGCCUGAAGACACUAUUGACUUAACUGACAUGUAAGAGGCAGUGACAUGUUAUUUCUCUAAUCGAAGACUCCGACUGGGCAUUGAACAUAUUGAAAAGUUGCUUAAAAAAAUCUUAACGUCACAAGUUACCGCUACCGUUUUCUUCAUGAUGCUAUCAAUGGAUACUGCAUUUUUUUUUUUUUUUGCGCUGGUUGUUACACAUUAAUUUUUCCCUCUUGUAGUUGCAGUGGCUGCUGGGAAGCCUUGAAAAUGUCUAUUAAUAUUUGUGUCAAAAAAGAAAACUCGUCUUCCGUCCUGGAUCCUGUGAGGUUUGGGGAAAAAAAUCCAUUGCAGAGAGAUCCACUUUUUCCCUGAUCUAAAAUUUCAGGCAGUAUUCUUGGAAGUUCCUUGAAUAAUCCUGACAACUGUUUACAUUUCAAAAUGUUUUCAUCAUAUCAGUCAAGGGAAAAAAGACGUUUAUUUAAACUGAACUGGACAGCCCAUGUACUCUGCUCUGGUCCUCUUUUUCCUUUUCUGAAAUAUUUAUUUUGAUGUCUUGCUCUCACCCACCUUCCUUUGCGACUGACUGGACUUUACCGACAGUAUGAAUGAGUGACGGAAAACUGAUGUACACUUAUACGGAACAUGAUACACAAACAUGAACACAACAUGCUGAAAUAUCAAAUUGAAAUUUUGUUAGCAUUACAAAUACAGAAAAUAAAAUAUAAAAUGCUGUUGCAACCGUUGAA